UGAAGAUUUCCACUGGGAAUUUGUAGUAGACUUUAUUAAAGCUUUUAAACCUCUUGCCUUAUGUACAAAACGGAUGCAAAGCGAACAAUAUGUGGUUGGAGACUUUUACAGAGAUUGGUUGUCGUGUGAACUAGAGUUGCAUGAUCUUGGUUCUACAGUCUCAUACGCUGCGCAGCUGCAUGAUGCGAUGAAAAGCCGGAAACAAAGCCUUAUGAGCAAUAAUGCGUUUAUUGCUGCUUUAUAUUUAGAUCCUCGCUUUAAUUUUAGAGGCUCUCUCAUGUUGUCUCCACAACAAAAAGUUAAUGCCGAGAAUCAUUUGAUUAAAACCUACGAAAAUAUGCUGCGAAUGGAAAGCUCCGAAAAUUCAAUGUCAUCGAGUCCUCAAAAUCUGAAUUUGCAAUAUUCUGAAUGUUUGCCUUCUACAUCCAGCAACUCUUUUUCCCGUUUAGAAAAAUAUAUUUGUGAAGAUAUGGAAGAGACCUCAAGUGACGUAGAGGUAGUCCAAAAUUUACGGCAAAAGUUAAGUGUAUUCGCAAAUGGGAGAAAAUUUUCUUUAGAUACUGAUAUAUUAAGCUACUGGAAGACCUUCCCUUCGGAUAAACAUCUAAGAAAACUUGCUGAAGUUGUUCUAGCUGUUCCAGCAACACAAGUUUCAGUGGAAAGGGCAUUUAGUGCCUUAUCAUUGACUUUAAAAAAGCAUCGCUCAAAACUAAACGACGCUACCUUAAAUAACAUACUUAUAACAAAACUAAAUUUCGAUUUAUUGUACUUCAGAGACAACGACAUGCAUGAUAUCUCCUCACACUAAAAUUGCAUAACAGUGAAUAUUAUUUUGGAAUGCCAUAUAACACAAUUUAAAUUAA